AAAACAAUUGGAGCCAGUAAUGCCAGUACACAAAAUUAAGUAUGUCAGUAAGCUUGACAUGCAAAAUUUCUCUGUGCAAUUAUUACGAGACUGGAAGAAUGGAAGAACCAAUCGUCCUGAAGCCUUAGAGGUUGAGGUGUUACUUCCAGGCAUAACUCGUGCAGUUCAGGUUGAUGCCCAAGUACUUCAACAGAAGCUUCAUCUCACCACAGACUCAACACCUCAGUACAAAUUGGAGCUGUCUCUGCCAUAUCCUGUGGAUGAUGACUCAAGUUCAGCCAAGUUUGAUGUGUCAUCCCAGAAACUGAUCCUAACUUUCCCUGUGAUAUCUUCUGGAAAGAAAGACCAGAUGUCUCCACAUUCUCCUUGUGACUCUGGUAUUGAGUGUGAAAUUGGUUACAGAACUAAUAGUGAUGGGGAUAAUUCCUCAGAGGUUUCAGUGUCAUCACAGGAGGAUGCAUCAAGGGAGGAAGAUUCAUAUGACAGUGUUUUUGGAACAAAUUCUCCACCUCGCAAGCCAAUGAUCAUCCCAAGCUAUGUAGUCAAGCAAAAUGUGGAGAGUCUCAUUAUCACCCUCAGCUGUGGCAAUGUUUUGCCCAGUAGCAUUGAGGCAAGAAAGACAGAUGAGCACACUGUCCAUGUAGAGUUGGCUAGCAUAGGUGGUGGACAGACUCUUCUUCACUAUGGGCUGUCAAUCAUGUGUAACCCUCAUGUAUUACCUGAAUCAGGUAUAACAUAUGAGCUGACAGAAGACACUGUAUUGUUAACCAUCAUGAAGGAUGAGCCAAGUAGCUGGAAGAAUUGUCAAGUUGGCAGUGGAGAUAGCUUUACACUCGUGGAACUAGACCCUGUGCCAUCAUCUGCUGCCAAAGACAAAUCUAAGGCGGAAGGUGUACGCGACGAGACGACGCAGUGCGCUGGCUUCAAGGACGGCCAGGCCAGGGCAGAGGGCAUACCCCCACGGUCCCCACGGAUAUGUCGUACCUUGAGUAUGUGCGAAACUUCUGCUCCAUCUCGGACGGUGAAGAGCGCUACCUGCUCGUGGCCGCGGGGUAUCCUCAAGCACCGCACGCGCUCCCUCAGCGAGUCCCAGGUGGGCGCUCUCACCCCGCAGACAUCCCUGGCCUCAUCCCUUGAUCUGGAUCUGCCAGAGGAUCUCCUUUUGGAGGGCGAGGAGGAGGAGGAAGAGGAGGGCAGCAUGGCUUCAAGCCUCGGGGAGAAGAAAAGCGUCCGCUUCAACGAGGUUGUAUCUCGACAGCUGUUCCGCACCAACCGCUCCAUCCUGGUGGAGCGCGCCAAGGCCGAGAAGAUGAAGCAGAGGCGGCGAAGGAACAAGGGUCGCCGCCCCUCCGAUAGCGACCGGACCUCGGAGAGCUGUAGCGACAGGGAGAACGACGAGUCAGGGCGACGCCGACGAAGGGACACGGAAGGAAGCAGCGAGGAACAGACUUCUGCCACCGCCACGACCACCACCGAUGACGAGACCACCACGGACACCUGCGACGUCGACGACCUCGAGAACAGCAAUUAUACCAAGAACACUAAAAACAACAUCAGCAGGAAGAAGGAGAAGAAGAAUAAGACCGAAGGGGGAGAUACGGAAAAGUCUAAGAAAAAAAGGAAGAAGAAUAAGAAGAAUAAGAAGUUCGAACCUUCCAACAACUUCAUCUUCCAACUUGAUAUUGAAGCCUAAGAGAGAAAGCAAGAUGUGGCAUGAUUAUAGCAUAAGAGUAAGAAGUAGACAGUAAAGGAGAGCGAGUAUGGGAAUACAAAACCAGACAAAUAUAUGUUUGCAGGGAGAAGGUAGUAGUAGAUAGAUGUCUUAAUUUGUUGAUUUGCAUUAUUACACUGCAUUUGAAAAUGGUGUUUCUAAGGUCAUUUCUAAGGUAAUUACCACUUUUAGCAUAUCCAUCAAAUGUAUUAAUGCCUAAGUCAGGUUUAUGCACUUAAUUAUUUCGAAUACGAUUAAGAUACACAGGACACCUGCACACCUGCACAUGAUCUUGUACAUUUAUUAAGAAUUACUGAAAUCGCGCAUGCAUAUAUCCUACAUUUCCUUGCUAGGAAUGACCAUGAUAGAUGCUUUCAUUAGAAAUAUAAGGAAAUGCCAUAAAAUAUACAAGUUGUUUACCUUUUGUUUGUAAUGUAAUAUUUUCAGUUUUAUUUAGUAAUUUUAGAUGUAGAGGAAGAAAUACAUAAUACAACCAUAAAGUAAAGAAUUUGCUCCUGUUAUGCUAUUCUUUACAUCUCAGUAUAUAUUAUGUUGUUAGCCAUAAUUUCUUAAGACUUCACAAGGGAAUUGACUACAGGAUGUUAGUAUAUAUAUAUAUA